AUGUCAGACAAGGUUGCCGUCGCUUCUCCUUGGCAGAUCGCCUACCGACAGACGUUUCAGCUUGCCAGAACGCCUCAGUUCUACUGGUUUCUGUCCCAUCUCGCCUCUCUCACGUGUCUUAUCCUGCACACUGUGGCGGCCACUUUUCGGGGCCCCCAUUCGCCAGCUGCUCUCAAAUACUACAAUUACUCCAUCUCCUCCACCAUUGUCACCUACCUGAUUGUGGUGCGGCAGACCUACCGCGCUAGGCCGGUCUCGCUGAUUUUCUCCCAGCCCUUGACCCUGCUGAAAGACGACAACGUCCAGUAUCUGCUGCUGGCGUUGGUGUUCCGGGUAUUUUCCGCGCGCAGCGGAAACUCCUCCACGCUAUAUCCGUUUGCUGUGUUUGCGUUUUUCCACUGCUUGAGCUACGUGAACACUAACGUGAUUGGCUUUGUGCCUGUCCUCACCAAAGACCAAAAAGCCCGCUACAAGGCCACAAUCGGCCACUUUCUGAAGACGUACAAUGAGCAGUCGCUUCUCGUCGCAGCACACAUGGAGGUGCUGCUUGUCACGGCGUACGUGCUCCCGGUGGUGAAGAUGGUGAUUUUCUUGCAACUGCUGCGUCCAGCGUACUUUGUGCGAAAUCUGCAGACGCUGGUGCUGCUGGCCGUCGUGCUGGUGUUCAACAAGCUCAGAUUCGACCAGUCGAAGUACACGCGGGCUUUGGUGACGCAGUACGAUGCGCGCAUCGUCCAGACGCUCUCGUUGCCGGUGGUCCCGCCUGCGUUGAGAAACACGGUGUUUGCCCUGCGUCAGACACUCAUCCACUAUCUGGCCAAGAUCCAGUUGCCGAGAAAGUGA